CAAGUAGCAGCUAGCUAGUAUUUGACUUUGACUCUUGGCCACACGAGAUGAGAACCAGAUUCUACUAAUAAUAUCAAUACCCUAAGCAAUAAUAGAUAUCUUCCCCCACUGUAUUUAGUAUUCACUUACUCUUGCUCCUCUCAGGCUUGUUGCAGUACUAAAUCUUCAUCUUCUUCUGAACUCUUCCAGUACUCUUAGUAAUUAAUUCACUCAUCAAUCUCUCUGUCCACUACUUAUACUCUAGUUUUCAUCAAUGGGUGUCUUACACCGCCGCACUGUAUUUUUUUCUUAUAUUAUUGCUCUCUUUUUCGUCGUUUUCGCGGCGUCUGCUGUCGCAACUCGCACCUCAACUCAUCGAAAACUCGGCGGAGGGGUGGUGGAGAAAGGAGAAGAGUGGAAGGAGGAAUUUGAGCGAGAGAUGAUGAGCCGGAGAAAACUGAGUGGACCGGGAUCAUCGCCGCCGUCUUGUAGAUCCAAGUGCGGGAGGUGCACGCCGUGUAGUCCGGUUCACAUACCGGUUCAUCCCGGUUUCACUCUACCAUUAGAGUACUACCCUGAAGCUUGGCGGUGCAAGUGUAGGAACAAAUUGUACAUGCCUUAAAUUAAUUAGUUCUGUCAAAUAUGAAUGAAUUUGAUAUAUAUUAAUUAAUUCAUAGUCUUGAAUA